CGACUUUCACCACAGAAUGCUGUAGAGCGCUCCCGCCGCUCCAGAAGCGUCUGCAUCCUUCUCGCGCCUUCUCCCCCCUACGAGGCUCCGAAACAGUUAAAAGCACCCCCUUUUUUUUUUCUCCUCCAAUAUGAAGAGACCCAUCCUCUUCUUCCUCACCGAAACCCAGUAAUCGAAACUCCCGAGCUUCCCCUAGCAAUGGCCGCGAUGAUCAUCUCGAGGCGGGCUCACCCCGUCUCCACUUUCCUCCACGCCCUCCGCCUCUCCGCCGCCGCCGCCUCCUCCUCUCGAUCCUUCGCCGCCGAUGCGGGCCAGGAGACGAGCGUCGACGUCGGCCGCCGCCCCGCCCCCGCUCCCCAGCGCCGCCGCUCCGCCGCCUCCCCCGCUCCCCGCCGCGCCCGCGCCCGCGCCGGCGAUCUCCUCCCCACCUUCUUCUCAGAUCCGUGGGAUCCGUUCAACCCGGGGCGAGCCCUGAGCCAGAUGCUGAGCCUCGCGGACCAGUUCCUGGACGUCCCGUUCACGAGGGGCGGCGGCGGAGGAGGGGGAUUGAGGAGGGGGUGGGAUGCGAGGGAGGACGAGAAGGCGCUGUACGUAAAGGUGGAGAUGCCGGGGCUGGGGAAGGAGGACGUGAAGGUGUGGGUGGAGGGAAACAUGCUCGUGAUCCAGGGAGAGGAGGAGGAGGAGGAGGAGGAGGAGGACGAGGGGGAACGCGAAGGAGGAGACGGGGCGACAGGGGAGGCGGCAGCGGAGGGGGAGGGAAAGGGGAAGAGGCCGCGGCGGCGGAGGAGGUUCGGCGGGCGGGUAGAGCUGCCGGCGAAGGGGUACAAAUUGGAGGAGAUCAGGGCGGAGAUGAAGAACGGGUUGCUGAGGGUGGUGGUGCCCAAGGCCGCGGCGGACGAGCUCGCCGCUGUCAAGGAGGUGCCCAUCCACUGACCAAUUACGUUACACAGCGGCGUCGCCUGCCUCUUCUGUCGCCUAGUCUGCUGUGUAGUGCAGGGUCUGUUUGGUUUCACGUAAAAUAAACACGAAUGUUAGCCUCCGUUUCUCUUUUCUAUUGUAGUUCUACCUUCAAGGUUACAAGAGGGGUCAAAAUGGAGGGAAGUUUUUGAAUUUAUAAUGUCUCUUGAUGUUAGUGCUCUGCUCCUCCUUGUGAUUGCAUCUAAAAGUAAUACCAGUUUUUUUUUUUUUUUUUUUUUUUUUUUUUUUUUUUUUAAGAUUUUGUAAGAUGGUAGUAAUUUGGGAAUGCAGCCUUAUUAUUUCGUUGUUCGGAUUGCUGUAUUUAUUUUAGUUGGAAUUGAACAAGGAGGUUUGGUUACGGCAA